UUUUUUUUGUAUUAAAGUUGUUCUUGGUGAAAAAUGUUUUGCAAUACACCAAUUUGGAAUCAGAGUAUGACAUGGGAUACUAAUGUUCCUCAAUUGACACAAUGUUUCAUACAAACCAUACUACCUGUCCUACCAAUGAUCAUAAUUUUAACUCUAUUGCCAUUUGAUAUCUAUACCAUUAACAAUUCAUUUAAAACAUCUAGGCCAUUUAAUAAAAAUUGGAAAUAUGUUAUGCAUUUGAUUACUUGUUGGCUGUUAAUUAUUACUUCAAUUAUCAAACUUUCGGACAAUAUUUAUCAAAAUAAUAACAAUAAAGUUUUAUUGAUGAGUGAAAUAUUUGCAAAUAUUAUAAAAUUAGUCACUUAUUGUUUAGUACUAACUCUUGUGCUUAUAUUUCGUCGAUAUGGUUAUCGACACCCGAUUACAAUACCUGUGCAAUGGUUGACAAGUUUAUUGUGUGCAUCAAUUAGUUUAUAUCAUAUGUUUUAUAAUAAUGAAAAAAUUUAUGAGUUUGCAUUCAUCAUAAUUUGUAUUGAAGUUUAUCUCAACUUUCAAGGAKUAAUCAUAUCGUGUCUAAACCAACCGUCCGCCGAAUUUGAACUAUUGGACAGCGAUUGUCAAUUAAAGUGUCCAAUGAAUGACUUCAAUAUAUUUUCCCGUAUAUUCAGAAUUUGGAUGAGAAAGUUGUUGAAAGUUGGAUACAAAACUGAUGUCGACUUAAAACAAUAUUUGCUACCACUUUGUGAUUAUAUAACCUCCCGGAGCGCAUUUCAUAAAUAUGAAACUGAACAUAAAAAUUAUAAUCCAAACACAAGAUUAGUACCAGUAAUCAAAUUAUUGCCAUUAAUUUGGUGGACGGCGUGGAUGCCAUACAUUAUGUCAUCAGUUUUAAUGUUAUUUAGUAUUGGAGCCGCUUUUAUUCAACCCUAUAUUUUGGGGAAACUUAUUGAGUUUGUUUCCAAUGAGGAAAGUCAACUAUGGCACGGCAUAUAUUAUGCUAUUAUCUAUUGUUUCUUUACAUUAAUCGGACGAUUAUGCAGUUCUCAUAGCUUUAACUAUUUAAGUAUUGCCUAUUAUAGAGUUCAAUCGGCACUUACCUGUGCUUUAUAUAAAAAAAUGCUUAAACUUAGUUCCGACUCACGUAGAAAAUACACAACUGGUGAUAUCAAUAAUCUAAUGGGUGUCGACGUAUCAGAGAUUUGCAGAUUUUUUCACGUUAUGACUGAAUUAUAUUCAAUUCCUAUAAGUCUUUCAAUUGGACUCUACAUAUUAUGGCAACAAUUGGGUCCGUCAUCGAUGACAAUCAUUGGGAUUAUGCUAAUUGUCGGUCCAUUCACAACGUAUGUCAUGAGACAAGUUAGUGAUCUCCAGAAAAAUCAGAUGUCAAUGAAAGACAAACGAAUGGCACAAAUCAGUGAAAUGUUAAAUAAUAUUAAACUAUUGAAACUAUUUGGUUGGGAAAAGCCAUUCAUUGAUAGAGUUAGUAAAGUCCGGAGACAGGAGUUAUACAAAUUAGUUAAAGGAAAUGUAUGGAGUUGUGCGAUGUAUAUCACAUUUAACUCACUUCCUAUGAUUAUCGCUGGCCUAACCUUUACAGUCUAUACAUUGACUUCAGGACAAAGAUUUACAGCAAAAAAUGCUUUUGUAUCGCUCUCUGUAUAUAACCUAUUAAGAGUACCAUUGACUACCUUUCCGAUGUCAAUCAUAUUAUUAAUCAGAGCUAUUGUUUCAUUCAGAAGAAUCAGAAAAUUUUUGAGUUCUGAAGAAUUAGAGAAAUACAAUGAAUGUAAUUGUUUUGAUAGUAUUGAUGAAAAUGAAUGUGUGGUUUCAUUAAAUAAUAGUUCAUUUGGUUGGAAUAGAGAUAGUGAACCCAUACUUAAAGAUAUUCAAAUUAAUAUUAAAAAGGGAUCAUUGGUUGCAAUUGUUGGGAGAGUGGGAGCAGGAAAGUCAUCACUACUAUCAGCAUUGAUGGGUGAUAUGUAUUGUAUGAGUGGUAAUCAACCAAAAAUAAAUGGAACCGUUGCUUAUGUGCCACAAACGGCAUGGAUUCAAAACAUGACUUUAAGAGAUAAUAUAGUGUUUGUCUCCGACUACAGGCAAUCAAAAUAUGAGAGAGUAAUCACUGCCUGUGCUCUCAAAACAGAUUUUGAUUUAUUACCGGCGCGUGAUUUGUCUGAAAUCGGAGAAAAGGGAAUCAAUUUAAGUGGCGGACAAAAACAUAGAGUGAGUUUAGCCCGAGCUGUAUAUCAGGACACAGAUGUGUAUCUAUUGGACGACCCGUUGGCUGCUGUGGACGCACACGUAGCUCAACAUCUGUUUGAACACGUGAUCGGACCAAAAGGAAUAUUAAGACGAAAGACACGUUUAUUAGCCACACAUAACAUACACUUUCUUAAAGAUAUGGAUUCUAUUAUUAUUGUAAGCGAUGGACAUAUUCUGGAUUCCGGUACUUAUGACGAGUUGUCCGAUAGGGGUAUGCUUUCUGAACAUAUGAUAAGUAAUGUUAAUAAUGACGAUCGCGUAUCGGAAAUGAAUUUACAAAAUAUUAAAAGACAAACUUCGCGUCAAAUAUCAACUUUAAGUCGCACUUCUGGUGAUAAAAUUGAUGACAAAUUAAAUGAUGAAUUGGAUUCAUCUAAUAAUAAUCUCAUCGAUGAAGAACAUCAACAGUUUGGAAGUGUUAGACUUACAGUUUAUUUAGAUUACUUGCGUCGCUGUAGUCUAUGGUUAUCACUAUUACUGGUUAUCUUUUGUCUAUUAUAUGACGGAACAGAAAUCGGUGGUACCUAUUGGUUAAGUUUGUGGGCUUCAAAUAAUUCAUCACAAAUAAACACAGAGACCGACAAUAAAACUUAUUAUUUGACAGUUUAUUUGGUACUAUUCCUCUUUAACGCMCUGUUUAUAAUGGGAGGACAGUUGACGAUCACGUUUUGUUCAUAUAGAGCCUCAACAGUCCUGCAUAAAGAUAUGUUGUAUAGUGUAUUGAGAACUCCGUUAUCCUUCUUCGAUACCACACCUUUGGGUCGAAUUCUUAAUCGCUUUAAUCACGACUUCGAUAUGAUUGACGAUAUGAUACCCUAUUUUUUUAUCAACGCUUAUAUGACUGUAUUGAUGGCAAUUGUUUUAGUGACUUAUUUUUUUCUAUACCGACUAUAUCUGUGGACAUCACGACAAUUAAAUCGUUUGAUAUCAAUUACCCGAUCGCCGAUUUAUAGUCAUUUUAAUGAAAGCAUUUCGGGUGCAGUUUCUAUACGAGUCUAUGAAGUCCAACAAAUGUUUGUCGAGAGACUGCAAAGACUAAUUGAUCUUAACAUUAAUGUCGAGCGACACAAAUAUUCAGCUGUCAUGUGGAUAGAAAUCUGGACAUCAGUUAUAGGUAUUAUUAUAACAUUUUCAACGGCAAUGAUAAUAGCAUUCAAAAGAAACGAAAUUAGUUCGGGUUUUGCCGGCUUUGUACUCAUGUAUUCAUUUGAUGUCAUUAAUCACAUCUCAUGGGUCUUAAGAGUUACGGCAGAAUUAGAGACACAUAUGGUAUCUGUUGAAAGAGUCAGAGAGUAUUCACAAUUGAAUAGUGAAAGUGAAUGGGAAUCAAAUGAUAGUAACAAACCUUUGGAUAACUGGCCCACAAAAGCUAAGAUUGAAUUCAUAGACUAUUCGGCUUCGUAUAGACCAGAGUUGGAACCGGUACUUAAAAAUAUAAAUUUUCGAGUGGAGUCGGGAGAGAAAGUAGGAAUAGUUGGCCGAACCGGUGCCGGAAAAUCAUCGAUAACUUUGGCACUGUUUAGAAUAAUUGAACCGAAAGCCGGUCAAAUUAUAAUCGAUGGAAUUGAUAUCACAAAAAUUGGAUUACAUGACUUGCGAUCUAAACUAACAAUUAUACCACAAGAACCCAAUCUAUUUGCCGGAACUCUUAGACUUAAUUUGGAUCCAUUAGAUGACUAUUUAGACCAACAAUUGUGGACAGCAUUGGAAAGGUCGCACUUAAAGGACUUUAUAUCGCAAUCAAGUGAUGGUUUAUUGUAUGAGAUAGAAGAAGGCGGUAAUAACUUGAGUGCCGGUCAGAGACAACUUGUAUGUCUGGCCAGAGCUCUGUUACGUAACACUCGUAUCCUAAUCCUCGACGAAGCGACCGCUGCCUGCGAUCUGGAGACCGAUCUAUUGAUUCAAUCGACUAUUAAGGAAGAGUUCAGCGAUUCAACAGUACUGACAAUCGCUCAUCGAUUGAAUACAGUAUUGGAUUACAAUAAGAUUAUAGUAUUGGAUAACGGGAUGAUUAAGGAAAUGGAUUCACCAGACAAUCUGCUCCGGGAUUCCGGUUCUAUAUUUUAUAGUUUAGCCAAAGAAUUCGGAAUCGUUUGA